UGUUUUUAUCAGUUCGUCAAAAAUCAUGAAAGUUGAAACUAUUUUAAUGAAUAUUUUUUCAACAAUUUUCAAUUGUAAUUAACUAAUUAUCAUAAUUUCAUUUUUAAAAUGUACCUAAGCAGAUUACGACCUUUUUUCUCCGCUACGCGUCAAACUGUCAGAAGGAGUUGUUCGGCUUCAAACAAUGAGAAACGUGAUUAUUCAGAACAUGAAAAAAAAGUGUUCGAUAUUUUACAGAAUCGAUUCACAUCCGCAAAAUCUAUCCGUGUUGUUGAUGUUUCCUGUGGAUGCGGGGCGAUGUUUGAUGUGACUGUUGUUUCCCCCGAAUUCAAAGGCAUGGCUAUGGUUAAACAACACCAAAUGGUCACUGAAGCAUUAAAAGACGAAAUAAAAAAGAUGCAUGGAAUAAGAAUUUCUACUGAUCAUGAAGUCAAUGCUGAAAAUUAAAGUAGAACGGUUAGUCCUCGUGGUUUUAUUUUUUAGAACUUUGUUUUGUUUAUUAUUUUAUUAAAUUUAUGUUGAAACUUUAAAA